UUAGCUGUAAGGUUAUUACAAGUUGAAAACCCCAGUACAACAAAAGACAACUUUCUCUCUCGACAAAGCAAACAAGAAAGAGAUGGCUAAAGGUCCUGGUCUCUAUUCUGACAUCGGCAAGAAAACUAGAGAUCUUUUGUUUAGGGACUAUCAGACUGACCAUAAAUUCACUGUCUCUACUGUUGCUGCCAAUGGAUUGUUGGGACUCUGGAGUGGCCCACCUGUGGCAAAAUUGUUCGUAGUGGUAGAUGAGGCAAUUACUCCCUCAGCAACAAAGAAGGGUGAAUUAUUGUUGGCUGAUGUGAAUGCUCAAUGGAGGAACAACAGUGUCACCACUGAUCUUAAGUUGGACAUAAAAUCAAAUCUUUGCACAACUAUUACUAUUGAUGAACUUGCACCUGGACUGAAGACAAUAUUGAGUUUUGUUGCUCCCGAUCAGAAAUCUGGGAAGGUGGAAGUACAAUAUUUUCACGAGAAUGCUGGAAUUAGCACCAGCAUUGGGUUGGCUGCUAAACCACUUGUAAACUUCUCUGGCGUGGCUGGAAAUAACACAGUUGCACUUGGGACUGAUAUAUCUUUUGACACAUCCACAGGAGACUUUACCAAAUAUAACGUUGGGCUGAGUAUCUCUACGGCCGACCUAAUUGCAUCUUUUGCAUUGAACAAUAAAUUUGACACCCUCAGUGCUUCCUAUAUGCACACAGUAAGCCCAUUAACCAACACAGCUGUUGGUGCUGAGUUGACUCAUAGCUUCUCAAGCAAUGAAAAUACACUCACAAUCGGUACGCAGCAUGCAUUGGACCCUUUAACCAGUGUGAAGGCUCGGGUGAACAACUAUGGAAUAGCAAGUGCUCUGAUCCAGCAUGCAUGGCGCCCAAAGUCCCUUGUUACCAUUUCCGGUGAAGUCGAUACCAAGGCUAUUGAGAAGAGUGCCAAGGUUGGAAUUGCUCUGGCCCUCAAGCCAUGAAAUCUUCUCUAUGACAAGCAAAAUUUAUUGCUUUGUGUCUUGUUUUUGCAUGGCUUGUACGGUGUACCCAUCAAGUAGAUUGAGCCAUCUUUUUCGAACAUUUUUAAGCUCUUUCUUCUGUAACCCUCUUGUUUUAUUUAUGUGCUAGUAUUGGUCCCAGUGCUUUUUGGUGAUUGUAGACUCUGGUGACUAAUUUGGUUAGGGUUACACAAACUAAAAUGCUUGGUUCUUGUUUCAA